UCCACCUGUCUGUUUCAGUUUUCUCUCCAUGAGCCAGAAACAAAGACCGGCAAGGAGAAAACAAAACAAUGUCUACAACAUCCUUUUCUCUUCUGCAAUUUCCAAAAACUUUUGUAAUCCCAUCUUCUGCAAAAUACAAGUUCUUGCAAAUUCCUUCAAUUUCUCAUAAUCACCGAUCCAUAACAUCAAAAAUACCAUUUUCAAAUCAAUACUUUGUAAGAACUGGGUUUCAAUUGCAGGCUCAAAGGCAGCAACAAGAAUAUCAAGUUGAGAGGCUGUUUUCUAACCUUAAUCAAGCCACAUUGAAAAGAGAGCCUGGAAGUUUAUCUAGUUCAAUUCUUCUAGUUGCGGGUACAACGGUAGGUGCUGGGAUUCUUGCAAUUCCUGCUGUUACUCAAGAAUCUGGAUUUCUGGCCUCUGCUGUUGCCUGCAUCGUUUGUUGGAUAUUUAUGGUUGCAACUGGACUUCUCAUCGCAGAAGUAAAUGUCAACACAAUGUGUGAAUUGGGUUCUGGUGGUGUAUCAUUGGUGUCAAUGGCCAGGAGAACUCUUGGGAUAGCUGGAGUUCAAAUUGCUUGUUGGUCAUACAUUUUUAUCCACUACGCCCUUCUAGUUGCUUAUGUGGCUCGUUCUUCAGAUAUUUUGACAAACUUCCUCGGCAUUCCAUUAUGGGAGAGUGCAACUUUGUUCUCUUUGGUUUUAGGAGGCAUAUGCUACUUUGGAAGUCAGCGCUUCAUUGGUGCUGUUAAUGGUGUUCUAAUAUUUGGAAUCAUUGGUUCUUUCACUGCUCUUGUGGCAGUUGCCAGUGGAGGGCUACAAUUAGAUGCUCUUUUGAAAGCCAACUUUGAAGCUGUUCCUAUGAGUAUACCUAUAAUUGCACUUUCAUUUGUUUAUCAGAAUGUAGUACCCGUUCUUUGCACAAAUCUUGAAGGAAACAUUUCAAAAGUAAGGACUGCCAUUGUUGUAGGCACAGCUAUACCCCUUGGUUUGUUUCUUGUAUGGAAUGGAGUUAUUUUAGGAUCAAUUCCAAAUACUGAGAUGGCUGAUAAGAUCACUGAUCCACUACAACAAUUGCGAUCUACUAAUGAAGUUGUUGGACCUAUAGUUGAGGUGUUCUCGCUACUUGCAAUUGCAACCUCUUAUAUCGGAUUUGUUUUGGGGCUUGCUGACUUCCUUGCUGAUUUGCUAAAACUCCCAGCUAAUAAGAACAGCCCUCUGACAUACCUCUUGACUUUGCUUCCACCUUUGGCAUUAGCACUGCUAGAUCCUGAAAUAUUUUUUAAAGCCUUGGAUUUUGCAGGAACAUAUGGAGGUAUGCAAUUUUGGUACUUUUUGGAAUUCUUCCUGCGGCCAUGGCCUGGUCAGAUAGGUACUCAAGUCCAUCACCUUCAACAAAAUUGCCACAGCUGGUUCCUGGGGGAAGAAUCACUCUUUCUUGCGUGAUCGGAGGAGCAGGAUAUGUGAUCCUUUCUGAAAUACUAGAGAAUUUUAGCCGUUCUUGAUUAUCAAGAAUGAAAAUGAUUUCUUAUGAGGUCUAAAUCAAGAACCGGAAAGGCAUUCCUAUACGAGUCAAAAGUACAUUGUUACAUCUGGAUUGAUAGUUAUAAUAGCUAUUUUCAUUUACAAUUCUCUUCAUUGUUGCCAACUUUUCUUGGCUCUUGCAUAUUGUACUAUAUUACAUUAUUCUGGAAUUGAACAUGUUAUUACAGUAAAAGAAAUAGACGACAAAGAUGGAUGUCGUUUUCAUU